CCAGGGAAGAUUUCCCUCCCCGCUCACGCCGUGAACGAAGGUUCCUGCCAGGCAAGGGCAGAGCGAGCUAGGCGCGCUCGAUGGAUCUGGCUCGGCGGACGCACAUUGACGAGGCGCUGUCGAUUCCUCGGUUCCGGGAGCUAGGUUUUGGGCGAAUUGUGCUGGAUCGGUGAGCUCGUCCGUCUCCAUAUGUCCGGCUUCUCCUUCUUCGUGUUCGCGCUGUGCUUCUUAGUGAGAUUUCUCCGAGCUCUCUUCGCGAUCGACGUUGUAAAUUUAGCUCAUUCCUUCCUUGUGGACUGAGAAGAAAGGGCGAAGAAUUCUUUGAUGGGAAGCGCUUCUUCCAAGAGCAGCACCAGCACUUACUAUGCCGAGCCAUCGCCCAGAUCGUCGUCAAACGAGCCGUCGCCGAGAGGUCUUCCAAAGUCGCUGGAUAGGAGGUUCUCCAGCAAAUAUUCUCACAUUGGCGACCAAUUCGGCACGAUAGAGCAGGUCCAGGAGGCCCUACACAAAGCUGGCCUGGAAUCCUCCAAUCUUAUCGUGGGUAUCGAUUUCACGAAAAGCAACGAAUGGACAGGAAAGCGUACUUUCAACGGGAGGAGCUUGCAUGCUCUUGGAGACCACCAAAAUCCAUACGAGCAGGCGAUUUCCAUCAUUGGACGCACCCUCUCGAAGUUCGACGAGGACAAUUUGAUUCCAUGCUUUGGCUUUGGAGAUGCCUCGACUCACGACGAGCACGUCUUUGGCUUCUAUCCGGAGCAAAGGCCGUGCCAAGGAUUUGAGGAAGCUCUCUCGCGAUACAGAGAGAUUGCACCGAAUGUCCGCCUCGCAGGCCCAACAUCUUUCGCACCAAUCAUUGAAGCUGCAAUGGACAUUGUUGAGCAAAGUGGAGGCCAGUAUCAUGUCCUACUUAUCAUCGCCGAUGGCCAGGUAACCAGGAGUGUUGAUGUAGAAAAUGGAGCACUGAGCCCUCAAGAGCAGAGUACAGUGGACGCGAUCGUUGCAGCCAGGUCAAUGCCUUCUUGUUUUCCGCGAAAAACUCAACUUGGUGCUUGCUUGCGCAGUAAUCUUCCGUUGUCUAUAGUUCUUGUUGGUGUUGGAGAUGGGCCAUGGGACAUGAUGCGACAGUUUGACGAUAACAUUCCUCAGCGAUUGUUUGACAACUUCCAAUUUGUGAACUUCUCGGAAAUUAUGUCCAAGGGUGCUCAGAGGGAAGCAUCCUUCGCGCUGCAGGCGCUAAUGGAAAUCCCGGCGCAGUACAGGGCGACAAUGGAGCUCGAAAUCCUGGGGCAAACAACAGGAAGCUACGCUGUGAAGAAGCCACUAUCACCCCCACCAUCGGUGUUGCGAGCUGACGCCGGGCGAUCGAACAGCUCGGCUUAUAGUCGCCCGCCAGCGGCACCACCAACACCGCCACAAGCAGCAGCAAACUAUGAGCACCAGCUUUGUCCCAUUUGUUUGAGCGAGAGAAAGGACCUAGCUUUCGGCUGUGGCCACCAGACGUGUAGAGACUGUGGAAAAAGCUUGGCGAAUUGCCCGAUCUGUCGCCAAAGAAUCACAACACGAAUUCGUCUCUACUGACGAUCCCUCUCGCGCGAAAAGAAAAUUGUAAAUUUUUUUUAACAGUGUUUUCCGGUCGACCGUUAACGCUAAAGGUCGAAUAUCCCGCCUUUCAAAAAUAUCUCCUGUACUUAAAAAGGGCGAAUAAAAUAACUGAAAAGGGUGUCCUGGGCCGUUGGCUGGCUCCUGGCCGUCCAUCUACUUA